GGUGCAAACAAAGGCCCCCAGGUACUGGCCAUCAUCAUCAUUUUUCCUUGUCUCUCCUUGAUUGUUGUCAGUCUGCGACUGUACACCAGAAUUCAGAUUGUGCGAAAUCCAUCUUGGGAAGAUUUCGCCAUACUCCUCGCAUUGGUCUUCUCAAUUGCAACUUCAAUAUGUCAAGGGACUCAAGUAUACAAUGGCAUGGGACGACAUAUCCAAGCACUGACGAUGGAGCAAGGGAUUGGCUCAUUGAAGGCUCUGUUCGCGAGCAUCAUGAUGUAUAAUUUUGGCCUUACAUUAACCAAAGUAUCCAUCAUUCUGCAGUAUCUCCGCAUUACCAUCGACAAAGCAGUGCGGAAAUGGUGCUUCGCUCUCCUAUACUUCACCCUGCUCAACUGCUUCCAGACUUUCAUGACUGGAAUAUUUUCAUGUUAUCCGGUCGCAAAGUUCUGGGAUGAUCGCAUCCCCGGCGGCUGCGUGAACAAGCCAGCAUUAUGGUAUGCAAAUGCGGCCAUCAACAUCACCCAAGAUAUAUGGCUCAUUGUGCUUCCGGGUUUCAUUCUCAGAAAACUCGUUCUCCCUCGCAGAGAGAAAAUAAGUUUGAUGUUGAUUCUUGGACUCGGUGGAUUUGCAAGUCUCGCAUCCGUACUUCGACUUCAUGCGUUGUACAUUGUCGCAAAAAGCAAAGACAUCACCUGGGACAAUCCCGGAACUGCCACAUGGUCUGCGAUGGAACUAAACAUCGGCAUCAUCUGCGCUUCGUUGCCGACACUAAGAGCCUUCCUUGUCAAGUUCUUUCCCAAUACGUUCACAUCAUCAGUUGUAGGG